AUGUCUGACACCGGCCGCAAAUCCUUCACCGACCAGCUUGGCGACGCUGCUAAGCCCGACUCUGAGAAGUCCUACCUCGAGCAGGCUGGCGACUCCGUCUCCGGCGCCUACGACCGCGUCGCUGCUGCCGUCGUCCCUAACGAGCAAAAGUCCACCACCCAGAAGAUCGGUGACUCAGUCCGCCCAGAGUCCGACUCUGAGAAGCAGGGAAAGAGCAUGCUCGACUCUGCCAAAGAUACUCUUGGGUUGAACCAGUAAACUGUCUUUUUUCGUUUUGGAUCAAUAAGGAUGGAUACUUUCUACUCUACUCUUGGAUGUACGAUAUAUGCCAUUGAGGCGUG